UACCUACACGAGGAGUUUAGUUCAAGAAACGAAGACGCCAAAGAAAAGACCCCGUUUUUCUGUCCCCCGUUGGCGGACUCGUCAUCUUUGAUGCGAUCGGAACAACAUACUGAAGCUACCUCAUCAUCACCGAAGCCAUUACCCGACGUGAUUCCUCGAGACGACAACAAAGCAAUUGUCCCGGACCUGCAGGUGGAUUUGAACGAAAACCCACGCAAGCCUUCUUUUAUGCAGAAGGAACCGGAAGAUCCAGACUCAUUGUCGUGCGAGAGUGAAUUUGCAGAUUCCAAUGAGGACGUUGCGGAAGAUUCGACUCUUUUGCGGGAUUUGGUCCUUUUGAAAGACGACUCUGAGUACACCACGAGUGAUAGCAGGCCGCAAGAUCGUAUGGACCUUGGCAGUGCGUUGAACAAGUUAGAGAAGGACGAGGUCUGA